CACGGCUUUAACAGCAGGUCUGUAGAAAGCCUCCUCCGGGCGACAUGAUUGAAUCGAGGUAACCGUCGGGAUCCAUCAAGCCCGCUUCCCUUCUAUCAGGGCCAAUUCGCAACAAUGAGCCGCCGAUCGGGCUCACCAGCCCGUUCUGAGAACGAACUCGAUAUUGGAUCUGCCCUGUUCGGCGGCGACGAUAUCCAGUCCAGUGCAACCCACUUGGAUAAAGAGAAUGAAGACCUGCAGAAUGGAGACCUGGAUGUUAUGGCGGAGGAGUCAGGGUCGGACGAUGAAGCCAUCAUUGCCGCCCAACAAGCGGCCUCAAACCGAAAGGGCUCAAAUCUCAAAGGACGCACCGUAAGGAAGGGCGGCGGUUUCCAAGCAAUGGGCCUCAAUGCCAAUCUGCUCAAAGCAAUAACGCGGAAAGGCUUCUCUGUUCCAACUCCGAUCCAACGCAAGACGAUCCCUCUUCUUCUGAACGACAAGGACGUGGUGGGCAUGGCAAGAACAGGCUCGGGCAAGACAGCAGCUUUUGUAAUACCCAUGAUCGAGAAGCUGAAGGUCCACAGCACAAAAGUUGGAGCAAGGGCUUUGAUCUUGUCACCGUCAAGGGAAUUGGCUUUGCAGACACUACAAGUUGUCAAGGAACUUGGACGGGGAGCUGAUUUGAGGUCAAUCCUACUAGUCGGCGGAGACAGCCUUGAAGAACAAUUUUCCGCCAUGUCCAACAACCCGGAUGUCAUCAUAGCAACACCAGGUCGGUUCCUGCAUUUGAAAGUCGAAAUGGGAUUAGAUCUCUCGAGUAUGAGAUAUGUCGUCUUCGACGAAGCAGAUCGCCUGUUUGAGAUGGGGUUUGCGGCACAAUUGACGGAGAUUCUACACGCAUUGCCAGCUUCUAGGCAAACACUUCUGUUCUCAGCCACUCUGCCGAAGUCACUGGUCGAGUUUGCUCGAGCAGGUCUGCAAGACCCAGUCCUUGUCCGACUUGAUGCAGACAGCAAGAUCUCGCCGGAUCUGCAAAGCGCAUUCUUCACACUGAAAUCGCCGGAGAAGGAAGGAGCCCUCCUAUUUCUUCUAGAAGAAAUCAUCAAAGUGCCAACCAGGACGCAACUCGUCUCUUCAGCGACAUCCGCAGACACAGACAAACCAAGUAAGAAGAGGAAGCGGCAAGAAGCGGAUGAGAGCAGCGCGCUCAGCUCAGACCCCUACUCAACCAUUGUUUUCGCUGCGACUAAGCAUCAUGUCGAAUACUUGGCACAACUUAUUCGGUCUGCUGGAUACGCCGUGUCUUACGCUUACGGAUCUUUAGACCAAACUGCACGCAAGACUCAGGUCCACGCUUUUCGCACAGGCCAAACGAACAUCCUCGUUGUCACCGACGUAGCGGCUCGAGGGAUCGAUAUCCCAGUGCUAGCCAAUGUUAUCAAUUACGACUUCCCUUCGCAGCCUAAGAUCUACGUCCACCGAGUGGGGCGAACAGCAAGAGCUGGCCAAAAAGGCUGGAGUUACAGUCUCGUCCGCGAUUCUGACGCCCCUUACCUUCUUGAUUUGCAACUCUUCCUGGGUCGCAAGCUCUCGAUUGGCAGGGCAAAUUCCGAGAGCGUCAACUUUGCACAAGACGUUGUUGUAGGAGGUCUGCGCCGGGAUGACUUGCACACGACCUGCGAGUGGGUAACCAAAUCGCUCGAAGACGACUCCGACUUACUCGCCCUGCGCUCCGUCGCUUCAAAAGGUGAGAAGCUGUACCAGCGUACUCGAAACUCUGCUUCCUCUGAAAGCGCCAAACGAGCCAAAGGCCUAGUUUCAUCCGAAGCCUGGUCAGAACUCCAUCCCCUUUUCAACGACCAAUCCGAUGACCUCGAAGCACAAAGAGAACAGAUGCUGGCACGGGUCGGUGGUUUCCGACCCCAAGAAUCCAUAUUCGAGUUCAGUGCCCGUCGCGGCGGGCGCAAGAACAACGAAGACGCCGUCGACGCCAUCCGGAAAAUCCGUUCUGGUCUCGAAACCCGCAAGCACAAGUCCCAAGAUAAUACAGCUAAAGCGCGAUCCAUGGAGCUCGAUGAUGACAACGCGAACGCCGAUACCCUUGCAGGGGGUCAACUCGACCUGGACUUCAACGACGCCAUGUCCGAAGCAUCCUCUGGCGAGCUGGAAGUCACUUUCUCGCAGCCAAACUCCAAAAGACACAAAACAGAGACGACAACUACAAGCACAACCUUCCGCGACCCGGAGAACUUCAUGUCCUACCACCCCACGUCCACCAACAUGACCGACGACCGGGCCUACGGCGUCCACUCCGGCAGCAACACCAACUUCACCGAAGCCGCACGCUCGGCGACCAUGGAUCUCGCCAUGGACGAAUCGUCCAAGACCUUCGGCGAGGCCCGCAGCAUCAUGCGCUGGGACAAGCGGCACAAGAAGUACGUGCGACGGGACAACGACGACGACGGGUCCAAGAACAGCGGCAAGCGUCUUGUCCGCGGCGAAUCCGGGGCGAAAAUCGCCGCGAGCUUCCGCUCCGGCCGCUUCGACAGAUGGAAACAGGAAAAUCGAAUCAAGCGCGUCGCGAGGACUGGCGAGGCCGAAGGCAAGACGUCCUUGGGGACUUCUUCUAUGCCCGCCCCUGGCGGGGUGGCGCCAGGGGCUGGCGGCUUCGGGAAGCGGUUCAGACACAAGACUUUGAAAAUGCCAAAGGCACCGGACAAGUUCCGCGAGGACUAUGAGAAGCAGAAGAAGAAGGCCACUGGAGCGAAGGAGCGGACGGAGAAUAUGGCCAUGAGCGGCAACAAAAAGGAGCUUCGGAGUGUCGAUCAUAUGGUCAAGGAGCGGCGAGCCAAGGAGAAGAGGCGCGAGAAGAACGCCAGGCCUUCGCGGAAGAGGUGAAAAAUACCUACCUAGGUGACAACGGCAACGGCAACGGAAAUGAAAAUGGAAAUACUACCUUAGUAACACCAAAAACUUGUCAAGGAUCAAUAUGUGGCAAGCACCAAUACUCCAAAAGCAUGAUAAAGGUUCCCGUGGGUACCUUUAGACAAGUCCCUUGGUCAGGCAGGAGGACGAGAAGGAAAAUGAUAUGAAGUGAUGAUUGAGGCUACCUAUAGAUAUAUGCCAUAUCACAAGCAUUGCUGCAUACAAUUUCUGAUAGUUGAC